AUGCGCCCAGAAGAUGAGUAUCGGAUUUUGGACAUCUCUCGCGCGCCUAACUCAACCCAGGCAGGCUUGCGGGAUUUCUCCAAAGAUGCCGUGGUACUGUCCGCGCAUGUCUCUAUCUGGAUAUCGAUCCUCUAUUUCGGCUUCCGACUGUUGUGUCUGAUAUUUGGAAGCAGCACUGCCUGGAUGUGGGCAGUUCUCAUAGCCGAACUUGCACUUGCAUCCGACGUGCUUCUCUGGCAGCUCGUAACAAUAUCCGCACACAAAGCGAGUAGGGACCAGUUGAAAACCCCAACCCUGCGACUGACCGGCGACCACAACCUCCCCAUUGUGGAUGUCCUGAUCCCAUGCUGCGGCGAACAGUUACAAUAUAUUCUCGACACGGUCCGCGCUGCCUGUGUGUUGGACUAUCCGCCUGAUCGAUUCCGGGUGCUCGUGUUGGACGAUGGGAAUAGUGCUUCGUUGCGCAAAGCGGUCGAGGAACUGCGGACUGAAUGGCCUAAUCUCCACUACCACACCCGAGCAAACACAGAUAGGAAAGGGAUUGGGAAGAAGGCAGGGAACCUCAACUAUGCCAUCCUCGACCUCCAGGAACAGAUGCUUCAGCCGCCGGAUUUUGUCGCCAAUCUCGACUGCGACAAUAUUCCUUCACCCGAUUUCCUCCGCGCCACGCUGCCGCAUCUGCUGCGCAACCCCAAGGUCGCUGUUGUUGGUAUCCUGCAAACGUUCUAUAACAUCCCACCGGAUGACCCGCUUGAUCAAGGGAUCUGGGCGUACGAAGCCAUUUUGCUACCGCAACUGACCGCGCUGGGGGUGAUCUUCGCCGGCGGCUCGGGAUCCGUCAUGCGCCGCAGUACCGUGCUGGGCCUGGGAGGCCUCCCUAUGUUUUCGCAUCUAGACGACCUGGCCUACUCGAGUAUCGUGACCGCCAUGGGUCAAUCUGUCGUCGUCCUGCCAGAAGUAUUGCAGUUUGGACGAGCCCCGACGUCGGUCGAAGGCCACGCCAGCCAGCGAACUUGGUGGUCCAUCGGCGCAUCGCAGCAUCUGCUCGCCCUGAAGAACUCCCCAGCAAACACAGUCCCUGAAUCAGCGCGGCGAUCCGUGGCAGGGAUGGGUGCAAUGCACGUAUACCGUGUUCUGGCGCGGUUCCUGCCCAUGGUGGUGAUUCCUGUUGCUCUCCUAUCCGGGCAGGCAUUGAUCCCUGGCGCGUCGGUUUUCUUGUUCAAGGCGCAGCUACUGCUGGCAAUUGCCCACCUCGCCUCCCUCUGGGGAUAUGAUUGGCUGCACAUGGCAGCAACACAGUUCCGAGCGCCACUCAAGUGGUAUCAAGAGGAUUUAUGGUUUAUUCCCGGCCAGGUAUAUGCUUUCUUCGAGCAUUUCAUCCUGCCCAAAGCAGCGUCAUCAGCCAAAUCUAGUGUGACCGGUAGCAUGGAUAAUCCCUGGAAUGCGGCGUCUUCUAAGACUCAGGCAUGGUUGAGCCGACGGAUCCAGGAAUUUGCCAGUCCUGUGGUUUGUUACAAUGCCGCCUGGCUGAUCACCACCCUCUCAGCAAUGUUAUACUCUUUCCUUCUCACGGGGAAGGAAGACAACCAUAGGCAAUUGACAACUCUGGCCUGGCCACCGGUGCUGCACAUCUGCUAUUUGAUCGUGUCGCAUAACCUCGUCCCCUUGAGGUAUACAUGGAGACCACCCCGGUAUCGCGAGCGAAAGGAUGUUCUGGGGGAGCAUCCGCGGGACUCGCGUGCUUUGUUCCCACGGCUCGAGAUGCGCACAGAGAUGCGUUAUCAGAGGUGGCCAGCAUUGGGGGGCUAUGGUCAUCUGGCCCUUGUUCCUGUUACGCUUAUUGUGUUAGGCUUGAAAGGAUUAGCGUUGUAA